UAAAUGGUGAGAGGGACAGUCUUAUUCUUUGGCAGCUCUUAGAGAAAAGCUCAUAACAUUUGGCUUUCAUGUUCCUAGGCCAGUGCAAAGUUAUUCACGAUAGAUAUACAACCUGCCCAGCUCCAGCUUUUCCGCCUUUGAAGUCGGUCGUAUUUUUAUCCAAGUCUAGUUGGCACUAUUCUCCUGGUUGAUCCCUGCUGCUGUCGCCCACUCUUAAAGGAGAGCUGGUUGCUAAUAAUCGCUGAUCAUUGCCAAAUCUCUCGCGCACCCACACAAUUUUUGCUCUGGCUUUUUGGGUUUCUGUCAAGUGGUCAUUUCAUCUUUAGCUAUCGGAAUCUCAACAGCUGUGUUUCUCGUUCUCAAAUUGUUCCAGCUCACAACAUCUUUUACGAAGAUUCUUUAGUGCGAGAUAAGGUAAAUAACAACCAAUUGGAUUCAGUGGUUUAAUUCUGGCCCAGAGAGGAGAGACACCGCACUUGCCUCUGCACUAUUUGACGUAUAUCUGUGUUGGCAAACAUUGUGGGUUUGGUGAUAAGCAUCCCCAAGGGGUCUUUGUACAGUCUUCCACGUGCUAUUAGUCGUUAACUUGCUUCUGCACGUACGCCAGAAAGGAAAAAAAACGUGACGUUCAAGCAAGAGUUUCAAUUCGUUCUUGUGUGCAGGUUUCAUUUUCUUAGCCCGCCCCGAAAAUUUUUUUGUCACGGUGAAGGGAUAGAAAUUUCCAGACAAAUUUGCCGGUUUUCAAAUUUUAUUUUGUGAUUCAGGAGAAAUUGCGUCUGUAUUAAACCGGUUUCCAGUGAUUACUGUGAAAGGCUGCAAGCGUGUUUCGGUGGGGUUAUCAGACGAAAUCCAGUUGUCUAGCUCAGCAGACUCCGCUCGGUGUAGUAAUUCAUGGUUGUGCGUUUGACUCUUAGAUCAUAAGUUUGCGUGAUGCGUGUCACGUCGGGGUCACGUGUUUGACUUGUGUGUGCAUCUAUAUUAAUUAAAUACCGUGUUGAAAUUUCAUUUUAGGCGACACAUUUCCUCGUGUGCACAGACUCCCCGUCGACGGAUCUUAUUUCCCGCUCUCUCCUCGUCGAAAAUAAACAAUGACGGGCGAAGUGGUCAGCUAUUCGGGACCGGGACCAGGACCAGGCGAAUCCAAUCUGAUCGAGCCACCUGCCGAAAACGAUGUCGAGGAAGGAAAGGACAAUCAUUCCGUCAGCUCGCCGUCAUCACCUCGGCGUUGCCCUUUCCAGCCGUACGUCGACGUGGACCAGUUGGGACGGAUCACCGGGACGGCCGUCCUGGAUUCGCCCGGGAGAAGUUCCCUGGGACGCAAAUCCAACCGGGGAUCGUUUAUGGGAGUCAGAAGACGAUCGCACCUGCAUAACAAGACGGCCGACGAGGUGGAGCGCAUCGUUCAAACGGGAAAAGUUCGCGAACUCAAAAACUGCAUCCGCUUUCACCAGUGGCUGCCGUUCGAUUGCGUCCGCUCUCGUCUCUGGCAGAUCAUUUGCAGUAUCCACGUCAAAGAUAAGGCGACGAUGGAUUCUUUAUACUGGGACACUGUCAAACAGAUUUACGGCACUCACGAUUUGGUGGCAAAGACUGGGCCGUUGCCGACUUUUGUGGAGCCGUCAUUUCAGAUGUCUUAUUAUCUAAACGAAACGGGCAUUCAGGUGGCCCGGCGUGUCGUCAACAUCAUAUCCUAUUCGUGCCCCGAUAUCACGUACGCUCCCAGUUUAUACCCCAUCACUUGUCUCCUGCUCCAUUACAUGAGCGAGGAGGAUUGCUACGCCUGCGUCUCGCAGAUGGUCUCAUCUAAGAAAACGAAAUUCAUUACGCAGACCAAAUUGCACUUUGAAACUAUCUGGAGAACGUCGAUGAUCUUGUGUCGACGUCACGCUAAAUCGGCCGUUUCGUACCUCGCUAAACAGGCGGGAGAGAACAAUAUUCUCGAGUCCAUCCAUCAGCAAUGGCUGACUUGCAUCCUGAAAGAGCUACCAUUCCAACAUUUGGUCCGCGUGAUGGAUUGUUUCAUGUUCGAGGGCCGGAAAGUCAUGUACCGUGUUUGGAUGGCCCUUCUCAUUCUGUUUCAUAGGCAUCUCACCUCUCUCUCGCCCAACGAUCGGCCAGCGUUGAACAAAGAGUCGUUCGUGGAGGCGACGUUGAUGGACUUUUGCCACAAUUUGCCUUGCAGCCCCGAGAAAUUACUGAGAACGGCCUACGGAGUGCGAAAUUUCAGUUCGUCCGAAAUGGAUCGGCUGUUCAUCAAAACGGAGAUGUAUCUCAAAUCGAAGGCGGCCGCCUCGGCCUCAAUGCCCAACAACAAGAACGUCAUGGUGCCUCGGUCGCGUUCCAGCGACGUCUUGCCCACCAGUCAGUCUCAAGUCAACAUCCAAAUGAUGUCACACACGCUGACUAUUCGAGAGGGUUCCAGGUCACCUGGUCUUAGGUCUCGAUCCUUGGGAUUGUUCCCGAUUCAGGGCGUUCGUUCCCAUGCUGCCGACUACGAUCGCCUCUUGACGGUAUGGUCUUGGCUUCCGGUGCGGAUCACCAUGUACCAGCCGGAAUUGCUGUACACCACCGAGGAGCACGGCUGCAGUAUGACGACGUUCUUCAACCGGGUGGAACAACACGAACCAACAAUCCUCAUCGUUAAAACUGCGACCGAAGAUGUAUUCGGAGCCUAUUGCUCAAGUCGGUGGGCGGAACGAAAUUCCAAAGAUUCUCAUGGCGGCCGUCAGGGCUAUUUUGGAACGGGCGAGACGUUUGUCUUCACUCUCGUGCCCAACGAAAUCAAAUACCCUUGGGUUGGCAUCAGCGCCACUUCAUCCUCAGACGGCCCGUCCUGCGUCCGGCACGCUGCCGAACUCUUUAUGGCUUCCGACGGACGCAUGAUCACUGUUGGCGGAGGAAAAGGUCAAGCCAUCUGGAUUGAUGAAAACAUUCGUUAUGGCAAGACCGACGGCUGCUUGACAUUCAAUAAUCCACCGCUGGCUUCCACAACCGAUUUCGAGAUUAGAGUCCUGGAAGUCUACGGCUUCCAGAACUUGUAAAACAAAAAGGCAAACCCAACGAAACGACUUGUAGAAAUGAUAUACCGACUGGGACGCAGUUGCAUAACAACAGAAAAAUCCUACAACAACAACACUCCAACAGACAAAAAUCCAGGUCGAUUUUAUGCUAAAAUUAGAUUUUUGUUUAUUAUUAUUUUUUCCAACUUUCCUCGUCUUCUUCUUUUUUUUAGUUUUUUGAAAAAUUUGUGUUCUAGUGAACCAAAACUAAGUGUUCCAUGUAACAUGCUAGACUAGUCGUUGAACCUGUCGUGUCAAUCGUCGCCUAUCCCAAGUAAAAAACAAAAAAAAAGGAAAGAAAAAAAAUAAGACAAACAAAACAGGCAGGAAUGUGUGUACUUAAUCAUCUACUAUAGUGUAUGUGUGUGUGCGAGUACGUUUGUUUACGUACUCCCAUUUUUAAUUUUCUUAUUUUUGGCUCUAUCCGGUUUAGCUUUGUUUGUUUGUUUCUUUUAUUCUUCCUCAUCAUCUCGCUUUGUUCCCCCCCCCCUCCUCCUCCGAUGAUGUGUGUGUACGUGUUCUACUUAAACGAGAACUAGCGCGAAAUUUUUUUGAAAAAAAAAAGCCCCACCAUGUUCUGGUUUCACGCUCGCCACGAAGCUAGGUGACUAGUCAACUUUAACAUGUUAAACGGUCUUGCCCUUUCGGUCAUAAUUUUACGAAUUUGGAAGGAGUAAAUAAGAAGAAUCGAGUGUGCUAAACUUGAACGUAUAGUAUCUUUACCAUAGGGGUGCUCCUACAAAAAGCUUUUGUUUUUGCCUAGAAGAAUAGCCAAGCAAAAAUUUACCAGAAGAAGAAGAACUUUUUUGUGUGUGUGUCCUAAAUUUUGAACGAUGUUAAACUUGUACAUUCCCGUGUGGUGUGUGGUUCGAAUCUCCCGCUUGUCUCUAACAGGGGUGGAGCAGCUCAACCAACAAA